GACAACAAACAAACAACUCACACGCAGUUCUGAACACUGCCGGCUUCAAAAAAGAAAGUUUAGUUGACAGAAAAACUCAAAAAAGUCAAAUAUUGAAUUCAAUAAAAAAAGUAUUUAAAAUUUUUUGUAAACAGUUAUAAAACUAAACUAUAUUUUGUCAUUUGAAAAAAAAAAAAGAAAUGAUGCGAGAAGACGAUAUACGCAAUGCCUCAGCGCGGCGUCGAAACUUGUUAUUUCUCACACAACGGUUUCUUGCCGACUUCGGCUUCUACCAGGCGGCUGAGGCGUUAAAGAAUGAAGCGCGACUGCCAGCCGAGGAAUAUGAGCUUUGCGACAAUAUCGAUUUGGAUAGCAUUUACUUGGAGUACGCUAGCUAUUAUCACCUAAAAUUCGGCAAGUAUCCGAAGAUUGUGCGUAAGCUGAAGCCAACCGUGAAAGUGGAGGUGAGUUCGAAAACUAAAUCGAAGACAAAAAACACGCUGACGCACACAACGAGUGCAACGCAAGCUGAGCUGCCACCAGUCGAGCCAGUGUCAAAUCCAGGUGAUUUAGAAUUGACUGUGAAGAAAGUGGAGAGCUUGAGCACUAUUGGUAGCGCUACCACUUUAGUGCCCACUUCCAGUAGUAGUACCACCAAUAUUGUUGGCGAUGAGAAUCGCACAGCAGCGCUUAUACGUUUGCAAGAGAUCGAACACCCGGCUGGUACUGGCACCGCAGCUGAUGGACUGCUGAGUCAGCAGGAUUGGCAGAAUUUGGCUGAGCUCGUGAAAACAACAAUAAUGCGUGACGAACUGAAACUCAGCUGGACGGAUAUGUGUGGUAAUGCGAGCGCCAUGGAAGUAGUUAAGGAAGCCGUGCUCACACCGCUCAAGUACCCGCAGCUCUUUGCGAACGGGUUGCGUCCGUGGAAGUCGGUGCUGUUGCAUGGUCCACCCGGUAGCGGUAAAACGCUGCUCGCGAAAAUACUCUACGCCGAAACGCGCAAUCAGGUGACCUUCUUCAAUGUGACCAGCAGUGUGGUGGUGUCGAAGUGGCGCGGUGAGUCCGAGAAAAUAAUGCGUAUACUCUUUCAUAUGGCACAAAAGCAUGCGCCUUCGGUCAUUUUCUUCGAUGAAAUCGAGGGUCUAACAUCGCGUCGUGACCGCCCGAGCGAUCACGAGUCAUCGAAACGUUUCAAAAAUGAACUGUUGCAGCUGCUAGAUGGCAUGGAACAGCAAACGGGUGGUGUAUUUAUUUUAGCGAGCAGUAAUCUGCCGUGGGAUAUCGAUGAUGCCUUCCUGCGGCGUUUCGAAAAGAAGCUUUUGGUACAACUACCGAACCCUAUAGAGCGCGCUAUACUCAUCGGCAAGCAACUGCCCAUAACGCUGUCAGUUUCUAAAGAACAAAUUGAGCUGUUAGUGCGCAUCUCAGAGCAUUUCACGGGCGAUGAAAUACGGUUGGCUUGUAAAGAAAUUGCCAUGCAAAUAGUGAGACGUGCCACACGCGCUUGUAAACCCAAUGAAAGGACAGAGGAAGCGGUGCCUUUGCAGCGAGCUUUCGAGCAAAUCAAGCCAUUGAGCCUUAAAUUGAUGAAACGUCACUUGCAGUGGCAAGAGGGACAUGGCUCGUAAGUAGUCGCCAGCUGUGUAAGUUUUUGUAAGACUUUAGCAUAUUUGUGAAUCAUAUUUAUUUUGUGAAAUUGGUGUAAUAAAAAUAAGUUCUAUAUUA